AUGGCACUUGGCUUGGGCCUCGUGUUUCUGCUGGGCAGCGCAGUUCUGUUCGGCGUCGCAGCCGUCGUCCACUUCCACAGCGCCCACCUCUCCCUCCCCAUCAACCCGGCCAUCACUGUCCUCACCGUCCUCCUCCCCAUCCUCUCCCUCCUCAACUCCUACAUCUACCCGACCCUCCUGCACUCCGCCCGCCACUCCUCCCACCCGCUGCACCGCCUCAGCCCCACGAUCCUGCAGACCCUCCAGGGCCUCUUGACGGCCGUCCUCGCGACGCUGCUCUUUGAGGAUGUGAUUCCUUCGGCGACGGUCGAGUGCUUGCUGGACAAUAAGUGGCUGCGCAUGUUCCGUGCUCAUGACGGGGAGUCGAUCCGGUUGAUUCAGGACACGCUCAACUGCUGCGGUCUGAACUCCGUCAAGGACAGGGCGUAUCCUUUUCCCAAGAAAAAUCAGCCGUGGAGUAUGUGUUACGAAAUGUUUGGGCGGGAUCAGAGUUGUAGAAAGCCGUGGAGGGCGGCGCUGCGGAGUAGCGCGGGGGCUGAUUUUGGAGUCGUUGUCGCGGUUGGCUUGCUGCAGAUCUUGAGCCUCCUGAUGACGAGAGAAGGCACAAACUGGUGGAACGCAUGGCGCUCCAUCAACUGGCGCCGACAACAGCGUGUCCAUGGCAGCGAGAGCCGUCCCCUGCUGGAAGACGUCACGGAUGCAGACGAGGUCGUCGAGCGACAGGACGAGUCGUCGCCCCGUCCGCGCGGAUAUCAGAGUCUGCCGGCGAAUGAACAGGACAACAGGCCGCGGGUUGAGCCGUCGCCGAUUCAUCAUGAGAGAAACGCCUGGAGCGACGACUAA